AUGGAUGACCAGCAGAACAUCAAUUCCACAUGGCUAGGUCAUAUUUUUCCUUCUGACUAUUCUUUGCUGAGGUAUCUAAAUAGCACUGAAGAAUACUUGGCAUACUUGUGUGGGCCAAAACGCAGUCGCUUAUCAAUGCCAAUGACUCUAGUUUACGCAGUGAUCUUCUUGGUGGGGGUCAGUGGCAACAUGCUGGUAUGCCUGGUGAUCUUGAAAAACCAUAACAUGAGGACUCCGACAAACUAUUACCUGUUCAGUCUGGCUGUUUCUGAUCUUCUGGUCCUUCUUCUUGGGAUGCCUCUUGAAGUCUACGAAAUGUGGAGCAACUACCCUUUCCUUUUUGGUGCUUGGGGCUGUUAUUUUAAGACAGUUCUUUUUGAAACUGUGUGUUUUGCCUCCAUUCUUAGUGUGACCACAGUCAGUGUGGAGAGAUACGUGGCCAUUAUGCACCCCUUUCAAGCCAAGCUCAAAAGCACCAGAAGAAGGGCACUUAGAAUACUCAUCACACUUUGGAUCUUCUCCAUUCUUUUCUCCAUUCCCAAUACCAGCACGCAUGGCAUCCUACUGCAGUACUUCCCUAAUGGAAGUCUUGUUCCUGAUUCUGCUACUUGUACUGUGGUCCAACCUUUGUGGAUUUACAACUGUAUCAUCCAAGUCACAUCUCUGCUCUUCUAUGUGCUGCCAAUGGGAGUCAUCAGUGUCCUUUACUGUCUCAUGGGCAUUAAACUCAGGGGAGAUCAUUCACUGGAAGCUGGCAAAAUGUCUGUUAACAUACAGAGGCCAUCAAGGAAAUCAGUCACAAAGAUGCUGUUUGUCUUAGUCAUGGCCUUUGCUAUCUGCUGGGCCCCCUUCCAUGUGGACCGACUUUUCUUCAGUUUUGUUGUGGAUUGGACUGAACCCCUUGCCAAUGUCUUUAACCUCAUCCAUGUUAUUUCUGGAGUUUUCUUCUAUCUGAGCUCGGCUGUAAACCCCUUGAUAUACAACCUUCUCUCCAGACGCUUUCGUUCUGCAUUCCAAAACUUUCUACCACCUCUCUUCAAACACUGGACGCCCAAACUUCCUGUGCCAGUGCUUGUUCCCCAGAAGAGCACUUUGAUCUUGGCCAAUCGAAAUCGCAAAGAUUCAGCUGAAGAAGGAAGUCCUUCAUUUCAUCAUCGAACCUCUGUUUGCAGCUCCCAUCUUUCUACUGUUCUGUGACUGGACCAUGGCCAACUGGGAAGGAGGUGGUUCUUACAGAGCAUGGACAUUGGAUGUGUCAGUAAUCAACAGGUUUCUGUCAGAGAGAUGAUCACUGCCAAUAACCUUAGCCAGCUAUAAAUAUUGAACAUCAUGUCCCAAAACAAUAGCCCAUGCUAUCAUAAAGGCAGUAACUUAAAGGGGUUGUCUAGCUGAUAAUUAUUUUUCUAUAUACUUAGAGGGGCAAGAAAAGACAAAUAGGUUAUACUCUCCUCCACUGAUCCCUUGCUGUUCCCAUUCAGAUGCCCCCUGGGUUUCUUUUGGUCUCAACUUCUCAACAUACAGGAAAUGCUCACUCAGCCAGCAAUUGACUAAGUGAGCAUUUCCUGUGAGUUGAGAGGCAUCAGGAAGCAAAGACCAGUGGGGAAUAGUGGAGCCUGAGAAUGAAUUGGAGAGUAUUGGUAGAGGCGAGUAUAAAUUAUUUAGUGUAUUUUUUUUAAUUAAGCCACUCUGAGCCAGACAACCCCUGCUUAAUCAUUUCAUUGUUAAAGUGGAUUCAAAUGUGUUGCUCUAAGCAUGCAGAUCACCAUAAGCAACUGGUGUUUUCUCCUAUUUUAAGCCUUGUGAUAGUAAAGCAAAAAUGUGGCUUUAACAUGUAUCUUUUAUAUGACAGACUGGUAUACUUUUAUAUAAGAAGUAAUACAUAGUUUUCAAAGAACUUCAGUGCC